UAAGUAAACUGUGGCAAGCAUCUCAGGGCAAAACCAUUUUGAACCUCGUUGCAGCAGCUUCUGACAAAGCUUCGAGUUGAAACGAAGAAAAGUUUCUCCAAGAGUCGACAAUGCAUACCAGGGGAUUGCUCCAAAUCGCUGUCGUGUUUCUGCUUUUUGGGAGUUUCUUUGUCUCAUGCAGGACAUAUCUCCGGCCAAGCAGGGUUACCACAAACUGCUGCAAGAGAGUGUCUGCGAGAAAAAUCCCCUAUAACAUUACACAUUACAGGAUACAGAAUGCUCUUGCUCCAUGUGUGGAGGCUGUAAUUUUCUACACAGUAGAGAAAGGAGCCAUCUGUUCCCAUCCUGCUGCACGUUGGGUCACAAUGAAGAUCAGAGAGCUGCAAAAUGGAAUGGAGACCGGCAGUGCCUAACAACAAAAAAGGGAUAAAGACAGACACCGUUGUUUUACUUAAGUAAAUAUCUGCAUUUUUGCUGUAUUUCUUGACCCAAAGUGUUUUUUUUUAGAAAUUUAAAGGAUUUCAAAUUUUCUUACAUAAUAAUGACCAAGUAAAAAUUGUGCUAAAUGUUUGAAUUAAUUGAGCUUCUGAAACCGAUGGAUUGUCAAGAAAAAAAUGAAUAUCAAGAUGUUUUAUUGUCACCUUGUAAACUGAAUUCUUAUGUCAGUCAUAGUGUUUGAAUAUCAGACCACACAGAAAUGAAACUGAUUGCUUGUAGAAUUAUCAGAAUACAUUAUAUGUAAUCCCAUAAUCUUUUAAUUGUUUUACAUUUCUAUGCUUUGGAAUAUUUUGUGGACAAUGUUUCAAAUCUUAAAGUAGGCACAUUUUUAUCUAGAAUUAUAUAGAAGCAAAUUUCUUAAUGUUUCAAAUACAAUAUUGUGGUAUCAGGAGAACUAUUAGGUCUCAGAUUCCAAAAUAAAAGCACAGCUCAUAAUUUAAAAUUGCACACACAGACUUACAGUCAAUUAUAAAGUAGUUAGUAAAAUAUGUUUGCACAGUAUUAACCUUCUGCUCCUAAAAUCUUUUCAGCAUGAUGUAUAAAAUGUGAUAAUUUGCAAAUGUCGCACAAAAUGUGACAAGAUCUCAAUCCUGACCCAAUGCUUGUUUGAUAUUGUUCAUUUGAGAUACUUAUCAUUCUUCAGUUGGAAUAACUUAUUUGCAUUUAUGUUGGACAACGAUAAAAGAAUAUGAAGUUAAAGUUAUAAAUUAAGUCGAGGCACAGAUCAGCUAUGAUUUAAUGGAAUGGCAGAGUGGGUUUGAGGAAUUGAAUGGCUGCUCCUGUCCCUACAUUUUGAGUUGUCAUCCAUCAGAUUCUUGAAAACGCAAAUGGAUUUAGCAAUCUUGACAAAUGAAUUCAAUUUUAAAAUUUCAUAAAGAGUUAUUAUAAAAUCUUUACUGUUAAUGUAGAUUUUGCAAUACACUCAACUACAUUGAAAUAACAUUAAGGCACUGUUAGCAUUAUUAUUUAGAAUAUCAUAUAACUCCUCUGCAGGAUACAUAAUUAAUACAUCAGGAAGUUAUUUUAGUUAUAUUCAUAAGCAUGUUAAGCACUUCAUUUUAUAUCUUACACAUUUGGGCUUUGUUUUUGCUUAUUAUUAAAGGAUAUUGUAACCUA